AUGACGUUCUGUGGAACGAGUCAGUCGGGGCUGACCGUCUUUGAUCAGCGCUCGAGUGUCCAGGACUUUUCCCCGUGCUUUCUCAAUGGGAUCCUAUACCUCAUCCCGGACCUUAUCCUCACCAUUCUAGCGCUCCUCCGUCUCCAUUUCCUAUGGUGCCGGCCCACAUCCCCAGCCACCCAAAAAUUGCAACAUAUCUGGCAUCGCGCGCUGAAUCGCAUCCUCUCCAUCGCCACCGCGGCAUCGGCCCUCGCCAGCCUCCUUAUCGCACUCACGACGCCGGAGUAUGUCGAGCAGUACGGAUCCGCCACCGUGCUGCAAGGCACACUCCACCUCAUCGCCUUGAUUUCCGCCUCGACCUUGUUAUGGGUCGAGCACACGCGCACAUUUCGCCCCUCCACCCUUCUGCUCGUCUACUGGCCCCUCGCAGCCGUGCUCGCCUCCAUCCGUGUGCGCUCCCUCACCAGCGCCCACAUCGCGCUGCUACCGACAUCAGCCCUGAUCACCACCGCCAUCGAGCUCGGGAUGCUCAUCGCGCAAUUCGUGCUUGAAAACCUCACCCGCGCCGUUGAUGAGGAGACGUUGACCCCGCAGAGCCCGACGCCGACGGGAAGCAACGUGAAUGUGUUUUCCCGCGUGACGUUCCAGUACAUGCACAGCGUGAUGAAGACGGGGAAGAAGCGCACGCUGCAGAUGAGCGAUCUGUGGACGCCAGCGCCCAAACAGACCAGCGGGAGCCUGGUGACCAAACUCAGGAAAGCAUGGGUAGCCGAGGGGCAGCGGGCUGCAACAGCAGGACAGGAUGCCAAACCCAGCCUGCUACGCGCCGCCUACAACGCCUUUGGCACCCUAUGGGUCCUCGCCGGCGUGCAACGCUUCGCAGCCAUGGUGUUCGCCUACCUCCAAUCCAUCCUCCUCGGGCAAAUCCUCUCCGUCAUCAGCGACGCCACCACACCCCUAUGGCUCGGCAUUCUCCUCGCCCUCCUCAUCUUCACCGCCGGCGUGCUCAACAGCAUCCUGAACGUGCAGGCAUGGGUCAACGCCUUCCUCACCGGCUACAAGCUCCGCGCAGCGGUGAACGCAUUCAUCUACCAUAAAUCCAUCCACCUCUCUCCCGCCGCGCGCCAACGCACCUCCGCAGGCCAGCUGUCCAACCACAUGGGCAUGGAUACCGGCCGCGUGAUGAACUUCAUGCAGCUCUCCCACCUCUUCUGGGCCGCGCCGCUCAACGUCGCCAUCGGGACCUAUCUACUCUGGCAGCAGUUGGGCACCGCGACGCUGGCGGGGUUGGGCGUGAUUGUGCUGCUCUUGGUCCCGAUGCAGGCGGGGAUGGGCCGGCUGUACGAGCGUCUGUUUGCGCGAAAGAUGAAGCACGCGGACACACGCGUCAACCUCGUCGACGAAGCGUUGACCCAUAUCCGCUCGUUGAAAUACUACGGGUGGAUCGCACCCUUCUUCACCCGCAUCGAACACGCACGCAGGAACGAGCUGCUGGCCCUGCGCAGCAUGGCGCUGUACGCCGCCGCCGAGCUGUUCCUCGGGACCAUGACGCCCCUCCUCGUCACGCUCGCCAGUUUCGCCACCGCCGUCGCGCUCGGCACCCCGCUGGACGCGACGCGGAUCUUUGUCAGCAUAUCCUUGUUUGCGGUCAUCGCGGAACCGGUGCAGGAUCUCAACGCGUUCUUCACCAACGGCAACGGCGCGCGGGUGUCGCUCACCCGCCUCGAGGCGUACAUGCUCCUCGACGAACUCGACCCGAACGCCGUGCAGAGGGUCGCAAGCGACGCGCAGCCGGGGGGCUCCGCGGUCGUGUUCGACAACGCCAGCUUCGCCUGGGAUGAGGAUGUGCCCACACCGACCCUGACGAACCUCACCCUCGCCAUCCCCCGCCGCGCCCUCACCGCCCUCGUCGGCCCCCUCGGCGCCGGCAAAUCGUCCCUCCUCGCCGCCAUCCUCGGCGAAAUGCUCCCCGUGCCCCCCUCCUCCCGCGUCCACAUCCUCGACGGCCUGACCAUCGCGCACGUCCCGCAACAACCGUGGAUCCAGAACGCUACCCUCCGUGAAAACAUCCUGUUUGGGCGGGACUACGACGAAACGUGGUAUACCGCGGUGGUGGACGCGUGUGCGCUCCGCAGCGAUAUCGCGGGGAUGGCCGCGGGCGACGACACGGAGAUUGGCGAACAAGGGGUCAAUCUCAGCGGCGGGCAGAAACAGCGCAUCUCCCUCGCCCGCGCAGUCUACGCCGCAGCUUCGCUGUACCUCCUCGACGACCCCCUCUCCGCCGUCGACGCGCAGGUCGCGAGACAUAUCUGGGAUCACGUGAUUGGGCCCCGCGGGUUGUUGAAGGAGAAGACGAGGGUGGUGGUGACGCAUUGGUUGAAGGGGAUUGCGGAGGUGGAUUGGGUUGUGGUGGUGAAGGGGGGCGCGGUGGUUGAGCAGGGGGGGUAUGUGGAGCUGGUGAGGGGCGAGACGGAGUUUGGGAGGAUUUUGGAGAGCGCGGGGAUGAUGAGUGGGGAUGACGGGGGUGAGGGGAGUCAGAGGGAGGACCCGGGUGAGGAUUUUGCGUCGGUCUCAACUUCCGGUACAGUGAACGCGAAGUCGGGCGGCGAUGUAGAAGUAGUUCAUCUGAUUCCUGACAAAGACGUCGGGAACGACACUCCCAGAAAGGACGGCAAACUCAUCCAAACCGAGUCCCGCUCAACCGGCGCCGUCAAAUCCUCCCACUACCUCACCUACAUCCGUGCCAGUGGCACCGCCUGGCUGCUCAGCGGGCUCCUCGUUGCCAGCCUCGCGCAAGCCGCGCUCAUCUCCUCCACCGUCAUCCUCUCCAAAUGGGCCGACACACUCGACGGCGACAACACUUACCUCGGCUACUACGCCGCCAGCGUCGCCGCAGCCGGUGUUGUAGUCUUCGCCGCGUACGCGCUGCUCUAUGCAAAAACGGGCAUCGAGGGCGGCCGGGUGCUGCAUGCCCGGAUGCUACGCGCCGUCAUGGACGCGCCCGCUUCGUGGUUCGACACAACCCCCGUGGGCCGCAUCAACAACCGCUUCUCGCAGGAUAUGGGCACCAUCGACGAAUCGCUCGUGCAGACCUACGUGCAGUUCCUGUACGCCGCGCUCUCCGUCGUCUCGACCCUGAUCAUCAUCGUCGUCACCAACCCGGUGUUCCUGACCUUCAUCGGCCCGCUAGCGGGCGCCUACUACCUGCUGCAGUCGUACUACCUCGCGAGUUCACGCGAACUUAAGCGGUUGAUGAUGAUUGCCUCCUCCCCCGUGUACGCCGCAGCCUCCACCGUGCUCCCCGCGGCCUCCACCAUCCGCGUCCACGGCCGGCACCAGGCCUUCUCGUCGCGGUACCAAACCCUCCUCGACGUGAACCAAAGCGCCUUCCUGACGUUCCUCUGCGGCAACAAAUGGGUGCAGAUCCGCUCGGAGCUGCUCGCGGCGUGCGUCGUGCUGGGCUCGUGCGUGUUUGCGGUCGUGAUGAGGGAGCGGGUGAGUGUGGGCGGCGCGGGGCUGACGAUCACGUACGCGAUGCAGAUCACGGGCGCGUUGAUGAUGCUGUUGCGGUUGUUUGGCGAUCUGCAGAACCAGGCCGUGGCGGUCGAGAGGGUCGCGGAGUACACCGAUCUGCCCACGGAGCGGGAGCGGCGGGCGGGGGACACCGGGGCUGGGUUUGAGGUCGUUGAGGAUGCGACGGCCGGCUCCGUGACCCCCGACGAUUGGCCCACGGCUGGUCAGAUCUCAUUCGACGACGUCAGCAUGCGCUACCGCCCCUGCAUGCCGCUCGUCCUCUCCCACGUCUCCUUCAUCACCACACCCGGCGAGAAGAUCGGCAUAGUCGGCCGCACGGGCGCCGGCAAGUCCAGCCUCGCCGCCGCCCUCUUCGGCCUCACGCCCCUCGACUCCGGCCGCAUCCUCGUCGACGCCAUCGACACCCGCUCCGUCGACCUCCAAUGCAUCCGAUCGCGGUUCACGCUGAUCCCGCAGGACCCGGCGCUGUUUGCCGGCUCCGUGAGGUUCAACCUCGACCCCACGGGCACGAGUGGCGACGCAGAGCUAUGGGCAGCCCUCCGCGCCGUGGGCAUGCACCACCGAUUCUCCACAUCGCCGGAACUCGACACACCCAUCACCGCGACCCCGUUCAGCGUCGGCGAGAAACAGCUCCUGUGCCUGUCCCGCGCCCUCCUCCGCCGCUCACGCGUCAUCGUCCUCGACGAAGCGACGGCGGGGAUGGACGCGGAAACCGACGCGAUGAUCCAGGCUGUUAUCCGGUCGGAGUUUAGGGACGCGACGGUGUUGACCAUCGCGCACCGUGUGGGGACGAUUAUGGAUUAUGAUCGCGUGAUGGUGUUGCAGGGGGGCCUGGUGCAGGAGUUGGGAGCGCCGGCGGACUUGGUGAGGGAGCCGAGGCCCGUGGCGGAGGGGGGCGUUACGUUUAGGGCGUUGGUGGGGAGGGGUGAGGGUGGGGUUCAAGGCGUAGGUGGAGUUCAGGGGAUGUAG